AGUAGUUCUGCAGUUCAGUUCUUUGAAAAAUUUUUACAAGAAAAGAUUUGCCGGUCAUUUAAGGCUCAAAUACAUAACAUUGUAACAAUCGUAGUUCAAGAACUUCGAUAUGGAAUCUGUCGUCCCUGUAACACCACCGGGGGUUUGCUUCAAACGAGAAAUUUUUAUUCAAGACAGUUUUUCAGCAGAUGUCUUUCUGCAAGAUCUAUGGAAUACUGCUCCUUUGGAAGUUUUGAGAGAUGAUCUGGGGUCUUAUUUAAAAGUCUUAAGGUCGGCUAUGAUUGAACUCAUAAACAGAGAUUAUGCAGAUUUUGUCAACCUCUCAGGAAAUUUAGUUGGGCUUGAUAUUGCUAUCACAAAUUUACAACAACCAUUAACUUCUAUUCAUGCAGAAAUUUUGACAGUCAAUAAAGUGCUAGAUGAUGCCCACAGCACUCUGCUAAUUAAUUUAAGUGAACGGCAAUGCCUAAGGGAACAGAAACUUGUUUUAGAAUGUCUGAUGAAAAUUCCUACAUCACUGGACAAUUUAGAAAAACUUCUUAGUCUCGCAAAGUGAAACAGUAUGUUAGAAGAGGAUCCUAGUAAAGGUAAUGUGAUUGGAAGAGCUGCAAAUGAAUAUAACCAGUUGCAACAUUUGCUUUUAAAGUGUAGCAGUGGACCACUAGUGAUUGCAGAUUUGCAGAAGAGAACUGCCGAUGUCAAGUCAAGUUUAAUAAAGUGUCUGGAACACACACUGUUGCAUGGAAUUGAAUAUCGAAAGCGGGAUGUUCUUCAAAAAGCUUUGCAUACGUUUGUCACUUUGGAUCAAUGCAAACUAGCAGUUCACCUUGUCCGGAUUCAUCUUGUUCAUCCAGCAUUUGAGAAAAUUUUGAAUAACAGUUCCUUACGAAAGGAUCCGCAGGAUCUAUAUGGACUUCUGAACAAAAUAAGAGAUUUUAUAAAGCAAAAGCUGAAGGAUGUGCUCGAAAUAAGCAGAAGUUUUGAAGGUCUGCAAGGCUUCACCUUCGUUGUUGACUGUUUGUGGCCAGAAUUCUAUGGUUUUCUUGUUUCUGACCUAGACUGCAUUUUUGCGCAAGGAAACCCCGAUUUGUAUCACAAACGCUACAAGUGCACGAUGGAAUUUAUUGACUAUUUGGAGGAGUCGUCAAAUCGUUCCUGCAACCGUUCCGUAAAAAAUGAUCCAAUGUUUCAUUCCUUAAUGAGACGCUGGAAUUUACCUGUUUACUUCCAAAUGCGAUUUCAAGAGUUAGCUGGUAGCCUUGAAAAAAGCCUCAUUACCCCUUUCAACGAAUCAUCAGCAGAGAAAAAUCGAAGUAAUUUUCAAACCACAGAAGUUCUUCUAAACGCUUUGGCGUCGUGCUUUGAUCCUAAUAUUUACCUUCCAUCUUUAGCUCACAGGUUUUGGAAGUUGUCCCUUCAAAUGACUGCCCGUUACAAACAGAAAAUUACCCAAAUUUUGUUAGAACAAUUCAAGGCUACCGAGACAAGCAUUCCAGCUACGUCGUUAACCCAGUCAGGCAGUACCGCCAGGCUAACUGAAACGGAUUUAUCGGGGGCCCAACAACACCAAGCAAAAUUUACGCAACACCAAUUGGUCCUGCUAGAUAGUGACAUCCGCAUAAUUGUAGCUGAAUUCCCUGUGAUCUGGAGCAUGGCUUGGAAACAACUAUCUUUACUGGGCAUACAAAAUCCUAAAGCUCUUGAAAGUGCUUUUCAAAGCUGUGUUGCAGAUCUUGAAAGCGUCAUAUUACCAAAAAUAAGCAAACUUAUUAUUAGCGAUGUUGAUCGUAACUGCGCAACCCGCCUGAAACAGGUGGCAGAUAUUCCAAGAUUAUAUCGACGCACAAACAAAGAUGCACCGACGAAAGCUUCGAGUUAUGUCGGUCAGUUGCUAGCUGGAAUUAAGGACUUCCGCGCACUACACGCGAAUCACUCUGAACUUGUUUCAAAGUGGACAGAUGGGGUCAUAAAAGCUUUAUCUCUACAGUAUUUUGCAGCAGUGUCUGAUGUAUUGACGUCUGUUCAGAAAACCGAAGAGAGCCUGAAACGAUUACGUAAAGACCGUAGUGCUACCGCAUCGAUGACUCUCGGCAACGGCAUUAGCGACGACGAUAAAAUACGAAUACAGCUUGUCAUUGAUGUCGAUUUGUUCGUUGAAGAGGCUCGCUCAUUGUCUUCCCAGCCAUUGCCAGAAUUACAGACUCUUUUGGAUGCCGUUGAACACGCAAGACAAGUUUAUCUUCGUCAAAUUCCGGCAUAGUCCUCCGAAAGAUUGGUACAUACGACAUUCUGUAUUCAGUUUAUUGCCUUGGAGGAGAGAAAGAAAUAUAUUUGCACCAUGUCCGGUA